UACCGCGCGCGGGAGGAGAGCGCGCCGUUUUCCACAAAUUAUUGUUUUCUUUUCACGCAAAGAUAUAAAGUGUUUAGUGACAAUGCCUAAUAUAAUAAAUGAAGUGAAAUUGGACUUUAAAGAUGUGCUUCUCAGGCCUAAGCGGAGUACGCUGAGAAGCAGAAAUGAUGUGGACCUGUACAGGGAGAUAACAUUCCGCAACUCGGGGCAGACGUACAGGGGGGUGCCCGUCAUGGCCAGCAACAUGGAUACGGUGGGCACCUUCGAGAUGGCCAAGGAACUGUCCAAGCACGGACUGUUCACAUGCAUACACAAGUAUUACACGAUAGAGGAGUGGAAGAAAUUCGCGACUGACCACCCAGAAUGCUUGGAACAGAUGGCGGCCAGUUCGGGCACAGCCGAGGCUGACUUCGAGCGUCUGAUGGAGAUCCUCACCACGAUCAAGGACCUGAAGUACGUCUGUCUGGACGUCGCCAACGGCUACUCCCAGCAUUUUGUGGAGUACGUGAGGAGAGUGCGCGCAGCAUUCCCAACACACACCAUUAUUGCUGGGAAUGUAGUUACUGGUGAAAUGGUAGAAGAACUAAUUCUAUCAGGAGCUGAUAUUAUAAAGGUGGGAAUUGGUCCAGGGUCAGUGUGCACGACCAGAAUCAAGACAGGUGUGGGCUACCCUCAACUCUCCGCCGUAAUAGAAUGCGCAGACGCAGCCCACGGACUUAAAGGACAUAUUAUUUCAGAUGGAGGUUGCACGUGCCCCGGUGACGUUGCCAAAGCUUUCGGCGCCGGCGCAGACUUCGUGAUGGCGGGCGGCAUGUUCGCCGGCCACGACCAGUGUGGGGGGGAUGUGGUCACGAAGCAGGACGGCAAGAAGGUCAAGCUGUUCUACGGAAUGUCCUCUUCAACAGCCAUGUUGAAGCAUUCUGGUGGAGUCGCUGAGUACCGGUCUUCGGAAGGUAAGACAGUCGAAGUAGAAUACCGGGGGGAUGUGGGGGACACGGUAAAAGACAUCCUCGGGGGUCUCCGCUCGGCGUGCACCUACGUGGGGGCCUCCAGGCUCCGGGAACUGCCCAGGAGAGCCACCUUCAUCAGGUGCUGUCGGCAGGUCAACGACACGUUCUCUUAAUUCUUCAUACUUAGCUGUGAUUGGUCGCGUUGGCUGUUGAGAUAGUACAAUGAAGAGCGAGUUUGUAAAUUUUCUUUGAAGUAAGACAAUUCUGUAUGAAUUUAUUUGCUUUAUUCAAGUAUCAGGAUGGUAUUUAGCUUAUUUUGUGGGUCUAUAUCACUUUAUCAAAAAAAUCAUAUAUGUAGGUAAUUGCCUUCUGAAUUAAUAAAGUUUAAAGUUUAAGUUAUUUAUUUCUGAUCAGAACUUCUGAACAACAAAGGUUAUAAUAGAUGAUAAAGACAAUGUUAAAUGAACUUUGACCUAAUCGUACCUAAUUUUAAUAAUGAAUUGAAACCACUCAUAGAAUUCGUAAUAAUACGUUUGGUUACAUUAACGUUUGGAUCAACUCUCAAGUAAGUAAAAUACAUUUAAAUGUGCAUCGUAAACAUUGUAAUCUCCAUUGUAUUAUUUCAAAAGUUAACGUAAACCUUUAAAUUAAUUGCUAUUUAAUUAAUAGUUAUGUCUCAAACCACUGUGCUACGAGUAGCUUUGUAGAUAGUCGAACAAUUGUGAGUUCUUACAGACGAGUAAUACGGCAUUGUUGAAAUUAAUAAUUUAUCUAUUUCACGGACUUAAAGCCAUAUUAUUUCUGUUAGUCUAACUAGCUACCUAAUCAAUAUAUAUACAUAUAUAUGCCGUGUGGUUCCCGGCACCAAUAUAAAAAAGAAUAGGCGCAUUCCAUCUCUUUCCCAUGUUCGUCGUAAAAGGCGACUAAGGCUUAUAAUCUUGGGAUUCUUCUAAUAGGCGAUAGGCUAGCAACCUGUCACUAUUUGAAUCUCAAUUCUAUCAUUAGGCCAAACAGCUGAACGUGGCCUGUCAGACUUUCAACACUGCUGGCUUUGUCCUCCCCGCAAGGGAUACAGACGUGAUUAUAUGUAUGGAAGGAUUCUUCGUAAAACCCUAAGAAAACUGAAAUUAUAAUUGUCAAUUGUAAUUAUAAGUUAUAAUUGUCAAGAGGAAUAUAAUGAAAACCCCAAAUUUGUAAAAAGUAUUUUCAAUUCUCCACUGAACCUUAUCCCCCCAGUGGAGACUUCAGGAAGUAAUCGUUGCUUAAUAUCAUCGUCAUGAUUAAAAUUGCAUGCUGAGCUUAAACACCGGCUCCAUUUUAUAUUUUAUCUAAAAUGUUUCUACGAAAACGGAACCACAUGCAUUGAAGACUCGUUAAAGUUCCCUCGUCUAUAAGAACUCUUUACCUUGUUAUAAUCUAAGCUGAUAAUCUGUAUUAGAUCUGCAGCCUUAUCUGUCAAUAGCUUAUUUAAAUCAAUUCUAACAGUGUCCUUAGUACAGCUAGGUAUCUGAGCUCCAUUAACUAUUGUUCCUGAGUUAAUUAUACAAUGAAGGAUAUAAACAAUCGGUCAAGGUAUACCUUAACGAAAUGGGGGUAUUUUAAAAAUGUAGAGAUAAAUCUUACGAUUACGAAUACAUACGAUUACGAGUGAAGAUAACAUACGAUUACGAGUGAAGAUUACAUACGAUUACGAGUGAAGAUUACAUACGAUUACGAGUGAAGAUUACAUACGAUUACGAGUAAAGAUUACUUUAUCCGUCAACUUGUACCGAUCUAUUGACAUGAAAAUCUCGCAAUAUCCAAAUUAUUAACCAUUGUAUAAAAGACUCAGGAAUAAGUUAUAGUAGAAAAUGUAUUAUGAAAGUAGGUAGAAACAUUUUGUAUGACGCAUUUCAGUGAGAAAUAAUGUUGAAUGAUAAUCGCAGAACAGGCAGAACGGUAUCUAUUGGGGAAGCAAUCACACGAUCUGUGAUGACCGGUUCUCAUUCUCAAGCCUUUAAAAUGAGAAACAUGAGAUCUAUAUCUGAAACAAAUACACGGAAAAAGUCAAGCAGGAAAUAAUAUGGAGCCCGGAACGCGCUUUUUCACCAUAGCCCUGGAUUGGGUGAUUCAGGUUUUUAUACGAAGCGUUUUCCUUCUGACCUGAGCAACCUUUGCAAGGGAACCUAGUCUAUAUAGGAACACCGAAAAAGCUGCACUAGAUAAAUGUGCCUAUAUGACACCCACGGGUAAGAGAUGGAGUGUUUCUUUCUUUAAGUCCCGGGAAUACAAUUGUCCUUAAGGCAAGUUUAAAUCAAUCUUGGAAACCGCCCAAAGAGGACAAAUGCAAGAAGUAUUGUAAUUGCUUUUGAUGUGACACUAGCUUAGCCUGGAUUUAUACCCUAGGUUUGUUGUUAUGGCUAUACUUAGUUCUCAUGAGCAAAUUGUGGUUGAGUGCAGAUUAAACAAUUAUGAAUAUCGAAUCUCACGGCCAACUUUAUAUUGAUUACUUUUCAAAGAAUCAACGAAUUUAAUUCUGCCCUAAAACCGUUGAGGAGGCUAAAGAGAAUGUAUAUUAUCUGAAAUAGCUUAAAUAGAUCAAUUCGAUGGUGCUAAUUUUAAAAAGGCUUUGCUGUUGCAAUUUACAAUAGUUGGAAUUAAAUCUGCUAAUUUUAGAUUUAGUCAUAGCACAAAUUCCUAUGGCAAGAAAAUUUUGCUUUAGGCAAAUAUUUUCUUUUUUUUAGAUAUUUUAAUUUCAAAUCUCAAAUUUAACGCACAAAUAUUGAAUAAUGUAAUCUGGUUUUUGUUAAAAGGAGAUUAUUUGGUAAAACUGAGGCCAGAAAUAGUAUUUUUGCGUAAAUAUAUUUUUAUUCCAUUUAUUUUUGAUCAUUGUCAUGUAAGUGUAAAGUUAAUAUUUAUUGUGUGUCCGUCAGAGCAAUAAUGUUUUAUUUUUUAAUUGUCGGAGUGUCGAUUCUAUUUUGCUUUUUAACUAUCUAUUUAAAAGACGUGUACUUACGUACAUAUUUAGAUUAAUAAAUAAUAAAUGACUCGAAACAUU